AUGGCGGAGAUCGGCACCAUCGGACGUACCUACCACGUGCACCUCGUGCGGCUCUAUGGUUUCUGCUUCGACGCGAACACGAAGGCGCUGGUGUACGAGUUCUUGGAGAAUGGCUCACUCGAGAAGUACCUUUACGGCGACGAGGGCAGCACAAGCACAAGGUUGGAAUGGGGGACGCUGCACAGCAUCGCCGUCGGCACGGCGAAGGGGAUCAGGUACCUGCACGAGGAGUGCCAACAGCGGAUCGUGCACUACGACAUCAAGCCGGCGAACAUUCUUCUCACGGCUGACUACACCCCGAAGGUGGCCGAUUUCGGGCAGCGCGAGAACACGCACAUGUCGCUGACCGGCGGCGGCCGCGGGACGCCCGGGUACGCGGCGCCGGAGCUGUGGAUGGCGCUGCCGGCGUCGGAGAAGUGCGACGUGUACAGCUUCGGGAUGGUGCUGUUCGAGAUCCUGAGGCGGCGCCGGAACUACGAUCCCGGCCACGGCGAAAGCAAGGAGUGGUCCCCGAGGUGGGCGUGGGAGAAGUACGAGCAGGGGGAGAUCGAGGACGUCGUGUCCGCCAGCCGCACGAUGGAGGCAGAGGGUAGCUGGGAUGCUGUACGCGGUGGAUCAGCAGUGCGAGGAGGUGGUGGCGUUUCGCCAGGAUGGCAGUGGCGCGCUCGGCACGUGAUGGUGUCGCCUGCUGGGAAUGGAGCUGGGAAGUGGGAACUGAUGAAGCUCGCGCUCUGGGACAUGUGGCCAUGGACCAUGCCCCAUGGCUCCCUCCUCGUCUCCUCGCUGGCAUCGUGA